CCAUGAGCCUGGGGGCCACGGUGGCCCAGGAGGAGUGGCCCGUCUCCAAUCUGCCCCUGCCGUGUCUCUGCGCCCUGUCCACUGGACGCCAGUGAGCCUCAGAACCCAGGUAGGACUAAAAGGAUCAAGGAGUUCAUUCCAGGCUCAGUGAUGUCUGAAGGGCUUAAGAUCGGCAGUGUGCCACAGCUCCCCAUCACCCGCCUCUGGUCUUCUGCAAUUAUUGACCAACAAAGAUGGGCGUUUUAGGUGUUGGCUGACAGCUAACCAUGGGAAAGGCAUCGUCGCUUUGAAUGCUGUGAGACUCUAACAGCAGAAGCCCUGCACUUUUGAAACAGGGAAGUCACCCAGAUAUCCCUGGUAUGUCACAGUUCUGAGUGGGACCUGCUGGGAGGCCGGAGAGACCCCAACUGCCUUGCCCAGCCUGGUGUCAAGAUGCUGAGUUGGAAGCUCCCUAGACUGUUCCGUGUAGAUCAGGUGCCUCAGGUGUUCCAUGAGCAGGGCAUCCUCUUUGGCUACCGACACCCACAGAGUUCCGCCACUGCCUGUAUCCUCAGCCUUUUCCAAAUGACCAAUGAGACCCUCAACAUCUGGACGCACUUGCUACCCUUCUGGUUCUUUGUGUGGAGGUUCGUGACUGCACUGUAUAUGACAGACAUCCAGAAUGACAGCUACUCAUGGCCUAUGCUCGUAUACAUGUGCACCAGCUGUGUGUACCCCCUUGCAUCCAGCUGUGCACACACCUUCAGCUCUAUGUCCAAGAACGCCCGGCAUAUCUGCUACUUUCUGGACUAUGGUGCUGUCAACCUCUUCAGCCUGGGCUCUGCCAUCGCCUACUCUGCAUACACAUUCCCUGAUGCACUGAUCUGCAGUACCUUCCAUGACUGCUACGUAGCCCUGGCUGUGCUGAACACCAUUCUCAGCACUGGUCUCUCCUGUUACUCCAGGUUUCUUGAACUCCAGAAGCCCCGGCUCUGCAAGCUGCUCCGGGUCCUCGCCUUCGCCUACCCCUACACCUGGGACUCCCUUCCCAUCUUCUACCGGCUCUUCUUGUUCCCAGGAGAGAGUUCAAGAAAUGAAGCCAUCUUGUAUCACCAGAAGCACAUGGUCAUGACCCUCCUGGCCUCUUUCUUGUACUCUGCUCACCUGCCAGAGCGACUGGCACCUGGACGCUUUGACUACAUCGGUCACAGUCACCAGCUGUUUCAUGUGUGUGUGAUCCUGGCCACGCACUUGCAGAUGGAAGCCAUCCUGCUGGAUAAGACUCUAAGGAAGGAGUGGCUUUUGGCCACCUCCAGACCCUUCUCUUUGCCCCAGAUAGCAGCAGCCAUGCUUCUGUGCAUCAUCUUCAGCCUCAGCAACAUUAUUUAUUUCUCAGCUGCUCUGUAUCGGAUCCCUGAGCCUGAAUUACAUGAAAAGGAAACGUGAUUUAGAACACGCCAGGCGUCAGUGUUAAGUCACUGGUGUGGUGCCAGCUUACCGUGACCAAAAGUAUUUGUACUGACUGAUGUCUUGACGCUUUUCAAUGG